CUCAGUUGUCAUUUUGUCGUGGCGGUGAAGGGAGGUUUCAUGGCCUAUUAGUUAUACUACUAUUUUCAUGAUCUUAAUCGCUGUAGUGAACUUAUUAGCUAAUAGUAUGUUUUAAAAUAAAACUGUGUACCAGACGUCCUGAAAAAUGUCUACAGUACUUCUAGCUGUCGUGGCUGUUAUAUUAUGUGUACUAUUUCGUAUACUGAAUGUUAACAGCCAGGCACAGAAACCCGUAAUUUACGGAAGGGAUCGAAGUUUUAUAGAGAAUAUCUUAUUCGUUUCACCUUUCCUUUACGAACCCUACAUUCCAACCCGAUUAUGGGGCUUCAGUGGCCAUGUGCAGACUAUCUUGCACAGUCUCAUCGGCCGGGUCCGCUGCCCCUGGCCCAUCGGUGCUCGGAUAUCCCUAGUGCUACCCGAUAAAUCGACGCUCACUUACGAUCUAUACGAACCUAUGGGAUCUGAACAUGAAGACGACGUGACAGUGGCAAUAUGCCCUGGCAUCGGCAACACCUCGGAGAGCGUGUACAUUCGAACCUAUGUGCACUACUCCCAGUGGCACGGCUACCGCUGCGCCGUGCUCAACCACAUAGGCGCGCUUAACAGCGUGCCCGUUACCGGUGCUCGAAUAUUCUCUUACGGUCACACUGACGACUACGCUUACAUGAUAGACAACCUGACAGAACGCUAUCCUAACACUAAGCUAAUCCUAGUCGGGUUCAGCCUCGGCGGCAACCUGAUCACGAAAUACUUGGGCGAGGAGCGGAGCAGGCCCACCAACAUUAUAGGAGGCAUCUCCAUAUGUCAGGGAUACAACGCCAUUGACUCUCUAGUGUACUUGCUCCAAUGGCAGAACUUCCGUCGCUUCUACCUAUACGUGAUGACUGACAACUACCGCAACAUCAUCACGCGGCACAAGCGCAACCUGCUCAGCCCCGAGAUCAAGGGCAAGUACGGCCUCGACGAGAACACGAUCGUGUCCGCCGGGACCCUGCCCGACCUGGACGAGGCCUAUUCUAGAAAAGUGCACGGAUUCGAGUCCGUAGCGGAACUCUACAAGUGGAGUUCAUCGGCCUUCUACUUACAUAACAUUAAGACCCCAAUGGUGUUCGUCAACGCGCGCGACGACCCCAUAGUACCUGAACCGCUGUUACCUCUCAUCAGAGAGUUUGCUAGUUCCCGCGACAGAACAAUGUUCCUAGAGCUCGCUCACGGCGGGCAUUUGGGCUUCUACGAGGGCGGACUGAUAUACGCCAACCCCGUGACGUGGCUCGACCGCGCGCUGGUCGGCCUCGCUGGCGGCCUGCUCAUGGCGCACAACAAGUGCUCCUCCAAGGAAUCCAUCCUCGAAACCAUCUCCGACGACGAACCUGACCUCAUCAAGUCAGCCACCAUCGUCUAUAGAGAUCCUUUGGAUAAAACACCCGUGAAAUCAUAGAACACAAUCAUUCCAAGACAAUUUGGCUCGUAGCCAAGCUCAGGUUUUCGAUGUGUUACGUCACGCCAACUAUCAAUUGUUUUAGGCGUGCUUGUGAGAAGCUUUUUGAAGGUAUUUACUGUCUAAAGAUAGGUUAGGAUAAGUUGCCAUGGACUAAGUAAACAGAAGCGGGAUAUUCUGAUAUUAUAUAAGCAUUCAGUAGCUUUAGCGAGCCUAAAAUGAGCGAGUUUUAUGUCGAGAAUAACUAGAGUAGUUUUUCUUUUUUGCUGAAGUAUUCUGUUUAUAUAAGAUAUAAGAUGCCUAAUAAGAAAUCUACGGUCACUAACUCACUAGAAGAUAAGAUUAUUAUUAUCUUACUGGAGACUGUAGUAUUCAUACAAACCACGAGACCGAUAUUUCAAAGUAAAAUUCUAAGAUAUUCUGUACCAUUUACGUAUACGAAGUCUACUGUUUACUUGGUCCAUAGAAUUUUGUACGCUAGGUCCGUGCAAUAUGUACAGGGAUGAAACCUGACAUGAGGGUAAUUCUACCAGUGUUUCAAACCGCUCUCAGUUCCAGGUCAAAUGACCUGUUG